AUGAGUGCAACAGGAAGGGUAUCGAGUGAUGAAAACUCCACAACAUGUGGAAGGAAAGAUCCUGAAGUUAAAAAGCAUAGUGCUAAUGUUCUCGGGGUGCCGCGGAAGGCUUUAGGAUCUGUGGCCGUGAACACUAAGAAACUACAAACAGAGGUAACUAAGCUUGAACAAAGUGAAGUUCCACCUAGAUCGCCGAAAAAGCGUCCUGCUGUCUACCAUGAUAGUGACAGUGAGGAAGAGGAAGAACCUCAGGAGGUUGUUACCAAGAAGCAGAAGGCUGACCAACGUGAAUCUCAAUUAGACACGAGCCCUGUGGUACAUGACUCCGAUACCGCAACUUCUGAUACCACUGCCAUUACCGAUAAUGUUAAAGUUAUCCAGGAGCCAUUUCCACAUAAGGAUCUUGACUCCUUGGAAGCAGAUGACGUAACUAUGUGCGUUGAAUACACAAACGAUAUAUUUGCACAUUUACUAGAGCUAGAAAAAACUACAACAUGUGAACAUAAUUACGUUCAGGAUAAGCAGUUUCCACGCUACAUAAGGCCGUCGAUGCGUGCCAUACUUGUGGACUGGCUUAUAGAAGUGCAUUUAAAGUUUCAGCUAUUACCUGAAGCAUUAUAUUUGGCAAUUAAUAUCAUGGACAGGUACCUUUCCACAAAUAGCGUAUCACUUUCGCGGUUACAACUGGUUGCGAUCACGUCCUUAUUAAUCGCUGCAAAGUUUGAAGAAGUAAAUCUCCCGAAGCUAUCCAAUUAUGCAUAUAUCACUGACAACGCUUAUACAACUGAUGAAAUUAAAACCGCUGAAUGUCAUAUCUUAAACUCCCUAGAAUUCAACAUUGGCUGGCCAAAUCCAAUGAACUUCUUGAGGAGGAUCUCAAAAGCAGAUAAUUAUAAUCAUCGUACGCGAAACUUUGCCAAAGUUUUCCUCGAGUACGCGAUGUGUUCUCCGAAGUUUUUGGACACCACGCCCUCGGUCUUAGCUGCAAUAGCUAUGUAUUGUGCAAUGGAACUUACUUAUGGUAAAGAUAAGUUUACCUGGGAUGAGACCUUUGACUGGUACAGUUCGAUGGCGACUAAAUCACCCAACUACAACUUCCACGAGAAGUGUGAAGAACUAAUACAAGAAAUACGUGAGCCAAGCACUCAAUUAAACGCCUUUACUUAUAAGUACAAAAAAAUGGGCGUAUGGGAUAGUGUUAAGAAGUGGUGCGAUAACCGUUCAACCAGCAAGGAAUAA